AAUGAUAACGCAACUGUUAGUUUUGUUCUGCGUUUGCGCAUGCGUGGUAGCUGAUAACGCUGCGCCCGCGCCGCCGUACCUCCAACAUCUGACAGCCAUGUAUACGGAAGGUGAAAUAGUCGUGGAAGAGGUCUUACCCCUGUUGGACGACAUACCGUACCUGGACAGUCCUCAACGACAUUUUGCUGCAAUAUUGUACUUUAUUAACACUGCAGCUCGAGCGAGAUCUGGCUGUGUUGUUACGAAGUAUAAUGAAGAAUACGUGAAACUCGUCAACAGCUCGGCGCUCGAGGGGUUCGCUAACCCACAAGCCGCAGUAGAUGAACUUGCUGAUCUAAUGACAACUUUACAACAGAAAUUAAAAAAAAUAGUAUACCUGAUAGAAGACACAGACCCUGACAUGGAAGACAACAAACGCAAUGCAUUAGUUGACCAGCGCAUUAAAGCUGAUUUAGCGUCCUAUGAAACACCAGCUGCAAUGUUCAUAGCUGCCGGUGAAGCUGCAAUGAAAGCUGAAGAUCUUAACAAAGAAAUUUAUAGAGCCGCGUAUGAUUUAAGUGCUUUAAAAUUCAUUAUUAAUGGAGCUGACAAACUGAGAGAAAUUAUAGAGGCUACUGCUGCACUUCAUCGAGCACUUAAUGGCUUUCGUCAAUGCUGA